CUGCCCGGCAGUGGGGGAAACAGUCGCUGCGGAGGAGUCGCUGGGGAGUAGGAACUCGUCCAAGUGUUGAGUUACCGGCAAGUGCAGUGACUUCCCCCACUCCACAGCACACACCUGCCCUGCCUUGCCUUGCCUUGCCCUGCCCUGCCCUGCCCUGCCUGCCCUGCCCUGCCCUGCCUGUCAGGGAGGGCACCUGCCAAGCCGCCAAGGUUUAGAUAAAGCAUCAUCAAUUAUAUUGGAGAACACGCUCAUGGUAAAAGUAUGCCACCACCACCACCACCACCACCGCCUCCUCCACCACCACCAAUUCCAUCUUCGGCAGGCGCAGAGCUGCCCAGACAGAGUAAAGGGGAGCCAAAAGAUCGGAAUGCACUGCUAGCGGAUAUCCACAAAGGAGCUCGCUUGAAAAAGGUGACCCAGAUCAAUGACAGAAGUGGCCCAGCCAUCGAUAAAAAAGCUGGAGGUGGCAGUGGAGCAGCACCAGCCCCUAUGGGGGGCUUGUUUCAGGGAGGGUUUCCUGCUCUAAGACCCUCGGGACAGCGAGAUAGUCCAGAGAGAAGUACCAAACCACCUCUUCAGCCUUUUGGUGCGAAAAUGCAGCCGCCCAGAUUUGCAGCCCACGUUGAUGAUAACAAUGGAACGUCCAACCCACCUGACUUUUGGAAGCCCCCUGAUGCGUCCAAAGUGCAUCGAGGAGCUCAAGGACGCCUUAAUAUGACUGCCUCUUCCACUCCUCCCCUUCCUCUCACUCCUCCUGUGUCUCAUGGGAUAUUUCUGCCUAUGUGUCCCCCUCCCCCGACAGCUCCCUCUUCCAGUAAUAAGCCUCCCAAAUCUAUAUGGACAGUGCAUCCUGCUCCCCCGCCUGCUCCUCCUCUCCCCCUGGCUCCUCCUCCUCCUCCAUCACAAAGUACAAAACCAUACAAACCUCAACAUAUGCAACCACCGCCUCCCCCUUUUGCUCCCCCUCCUCCUCCCCCUCUACCCACUAACACUUUCCAAGACCAAGCUUUCGAUUUCUCGUUCCCUCCACCGCCACCACCACCACCACCACCAUUAGGUUUCAGAGACGAUUCUAUUGACUUCCCUCUUCCCCCUCCAAUACCUCCAGCUCCUUACAUUCUCCCCUAUAGAGUGUCUGAGAGCCCUCCGCCGCCUCUCUUUUUGGAUCAAGCAGAUGUUCCUCCUCCUCUACCUCCAAAAUUACCAAACUCUAACAACUGGCAAGUGGUGCCUCCUCCCCCACCACCACCACCACCGCCACCACCGAUGCCCUUACAUCUCCCAAAUUCAUCUUCUGUUCAGAUGUCCUACACGACUCAAUUACCUACAAGGGACGUCCCACCCAGGGGUGGAGUGCACAACGGUGGUGGAAAGCUGGCUGUUCGUCCUCCUCCACCACUCAGAUCGCCCACGACAGAACUUACAAGCAGAACACAUCCAGCAGCAGCCGGCACUGGAUGGACAUCUUUGCAAAUUUCUCCCCCUCCUCCGCCUCCUCCUCUGCCGCCACCACCACUCCCUGUUAAAAAUCGACAGCCUCAAGUUGUGCUGCCACAAGUCUUUGCAGAUGACUUUGAGUCGAAGUUUAAUUUUCAUUCAGUCGAAGAACUUCCUCCUCCAGAUGAUUACAAGCCAUUUCCCAGGACAUACCCCAGCAAGGAGGUCAUUGGUAACCAGAAAGGUCGUUGGUUUGCAUCACCACUGAGAUGAAAUGUUCAUUCUUUGCUUCCAAUUGCUGUCCCACAUUUGCCGCUGCAUUGAAGGUGGAACACGGAUCUACUGCAUGAAGAUUGAUUCAAACUCAAACUCACCCACUGGCUUUGUUCCAUCAGCAAACGCGUGAAUGUAGAUUUGUUCACAUAGCUAACUGCACUCGCAAAAUUGAAAUUCAUUUUUCAACUGUAUUUUUAAAUUUGUAUUGUAGCAAAAUGGGUUGUAUCAAGAAUUAAGCAAAUUCAUGUGAUUUAAAAUGAGUGCUUAUGAAAAAGUAAAAUUCCAUUUAAUUUUUUAAAAAAA